GGUUGAAAAGCGAUUUUCUCCACAUCCAAUCCCUCGGGCUCGUUAUAACGUUUUCGAUCUUCUCUUGAUUUCCUUUUGAUCCAGACAGUGGGGGUGCGAGUGCCGCAUCUUUUCCUUCGGAGGUACGAAUGUGUUUGGUGGGGUUGGAAGGCACGGUGGAAGAGUCGAAUGGUCUUUCUGUAUUCCUGUACUAUCUUACUCUUGCCAUUGCCGAUGAGCUUUUGCGUGGGGACUGGUCAAUUUCUCGUGUCCUGGGUUCUGUUGGGGAAAUCCGAUGGAAUUCCGGGCCAUGGAGAGGUCAUGAGAAUUUAUUCCAAAUACCAAAAAGUUUACGACGCACAGCUUAUUCUCUGUAAAUCUUCAUGAAUCACCGUAGCAUGAUCUUGUAGAUGAAUCCAUG